AUGCACAGAAUCAUUCAAGAAAUCAUCAAUGUUAUGAUGGUUAUUUUCUAUAUUAUGGGGAUACUUAUUCACAUAAAUUGUUUAUAUCAAACAAAAGAAUAUGGAGGAUGGUUAUACUUUGUUGAAGGAGAAUUUCGAAUAAGAUAUAAUAUACCAAUCACAAUAUGUUUAAUAUCAACAAUAAUUGAGUUUACUGUGAUGAAAAAAGACGAAUUUCAAAAAUAUAAUAAAACAAUAAUAAUUGGAAUAUUAAUAAUAUUUAAUGUGAUUGGAAUGAUCAUAGGAUAUUACUUUUAUUGUUACAAAACAAUUACAGUGACAUUCACAGGACAAUCAUUAUUCAUAUCAACUACAUUUAUAGUUAUAGGAAAUUUAAUGAAAGCAUUAAAAGAAGGAGAGAAAGAUGAAACAUUUUAG